UUUAGAUAAACCAAAACCCCCACCUUCAAAAAAAUUUUUAAAAAAGGGUCUUUAAAUUCUGCCCACCGCCUCUAAUUCUUGGCAGUUUCCUGGAAACUCAUUCUCACCCCCAACUGUGGAUCUUAGUCUUGGAUUCUUUGUUAGGCACAGACAAAACAAAGCAAUACACAGUUGAGAAGCUUCCUUUCUCAAGCUUUUGGUCUCCUCGGCUGUUACCCUCCGUACUAGAAAGGAUACUUCAUGGUCCUUUUCCUCAAAACCCCAGAUCCAUUUUAUGAUGUCGCGUCCAAAUUUUGAUGCUCUGAGAGAGCUGCACGAGUGUGCUAAUGAUCGGCUCCAUAUUCACUCGCCCAUAAUUCAACAAGCUCUCGUACACCACCAUCAAGAAAAAUGGGUUCAGGAGAUUUCAGAAUCGGCUCUGAGGAUUCUGGACGUCUGCAGCUUAACGAAAGAUGUCCUCCUCCUCGUCAAACAGCACCUCCAAGACCUUCAAUCCACGAUUCGAAGAACCAGCAUCGGCGAGACGGGCUUUGAGAGCAAACUCGCUGCUUACGAUCUGUUCAGGAAGAAGUUAAAGAAGGAGAUGGUGAAGUGGCUGCGGUCACUGAAAGGAACGAAGAAGAACAAGCCCAUGAUCAUCUCCGACCAGCUCUCAGUCGUAGACCACAACCUUGUGGCGGUGGGGAAUGUGUUGGGAGAGGUGAGAGAGACCACCAUCUCCAUUGUGGAUUCUCUGCAGUCCCUAAUGUCUAUUCCGAGGCCAAAGUCUGGGUCGUUGGCCUUGAAGCUAAUGCGGAUGAGUAAUGGGCAAAAUCAAAAUGUGUAUGAAAGAUAUGAUGCGAAGACGUUUGAGGCAGUGGAGAUGGCCAUAGAUGAUAUUGGAUUUGAGCUAGAGUGUAUAUUCAGGCGUCUGAUUCAGACUAGGGUUUCGCUUCUCAACAUACUCUCACCAGCUAGCUAGGAGGUUGGAUCCAUGGAUAUUGUUGUAUUGCUGGUCUGGGCCAGCAAAAUGAAUAAUGUGUGGCAACACAAUAUUUUAAGUGCUUGGGUUGCUGUCAGCUUGGGACAAAACUAAACCUAACGAUUCUUUAAUUCUGAGUUUAAUUGUCUACACCAAUUGAUAUAUAAUCUGCUCAUUGUAUUGUAUUGUAUUCUUUUAUUGUUUGAAUAAAAUUUGAUAUAUUCUCAUUUA